AGGACGGCGAGCGGCCGACGGGGCCCGGGUGCUACAUGAAGAUGCCCAGCGGGUGCCAGUCGAGGACGUCGAGGACGGAGCGGUGGAGGCGCGACAAGUGGGCGGAGGAACACGCCCUGGACUCGGACGGCUGCAUGGGCCGCAGGGUCGUCUGGAACGAGUACUGCCAGAGGGAGGACGUAGAGGUGAUAUUCGUCGGAGGCAGCUCGAUGUCUAGUUCGAAGUCUUUGAGCACGCUUCAGCUCGGGGCCAAAGAGGCGUGGCCGUGGUCCAAGAAGCGUGGUAAAGCCGAGGAGGCGGAGGCACAGACGAAGGUCGAUGCGGACACGCAGGUGAACGCGGAUGCGGAGGCCGACUCCGAGGUCGACUACCCUGACGAGCCCGGGUGUUACAUGAGGAUGCCUUCUGGUUGUCCCAAGAACCCGAUGAAGACCGACCUGUGGAGACACGACGCCUGGGCAGAGCACCACGACCUCGACGAGGCGGGCUGCAAGGGUCGCAAGUAUGUGUGGGAUAAGUUCUGCGCGGCCAGUGAUUCCAAGAUGGUGUUUGUCCGCAACGUUGACAACGUGACCCUCGUGGAGCCUGCGAGGCCAGUGAAUCUGUUCAGAACGUCGCCAUCCUGGCCGUGGUCCAAGAAGCGUCAAACAUCCGAGGAACCCCAAGCACAGGCGAAGGCGGAUGCGGAGGCCGACUCCGAGGUCGACUACCCUGACGAGCCUGGGUGUUACAUGAGGAUGCCUUCUGGUUGCCCCAAGAACCCGAUGAAGACCGACUUGUGGAGACACGACGCCUGGGCAGAGCACCACGACCUCGACGAGGCGGGCUGCAAGGGUCGCAAGUAUGUGUGGGAUAAGUUCUGCGCGGCCAGUGAUUCCAAGAUGGUGUUUGUCCGCAGCGUUGACAACGUGACCCUCGUGGAGCCUGCGAGGCCAGUGAAUCUUUUCAGUGCGUCACCCUCGUGGCCGUGGUCCACUGUUCGCGCGAACGCUGGUGGGGCCGAGACAAAGCCGAAGGCCGAGGGGGAUGAGGAGGAGGAGUAGGGCCUCCAUCAGCGCCUGGCGGAGGGUUUCCUCCGGGUGCCCCGAGAUCCCGAUGCAGGUGGACCUGUGGAGACAGGACGCCUGGGCAGAGCAUCACCGCCUCGUCCACCAGGGCUGCCUGGGUCGCAGGCAGGUGCGGAACAGGUACUGCGAGUCCGAGGAUGCCGUCAUGGCCACUGUCGGCAACCAGACCGGUCCGCUGCGAGAGGGCACGUGAGUCAUCUUGUGGGCAGGCUGAGCUGGCCGCCAGGGUGCAGCACCUUGAUCGCUCGAUUGUCCCUGCCGCUCGGUUAGCAACUGCGACUGCUCGAUCUCGGGGGCUGGGCGAAAGCGUUUCUCCCCGACUUUCGCCCUCGGGGGCUCCACCGGGUAGUUGGGCUGACACCGAGCUUCGAUUCUCGUUGUGCUGUGGGGCACAAGAAUCGAACCGCACGGCGCAGCGCAGGAGGUGAAGGAGGC